UAAAGAGAUUCAUUAGUGACUAAUUUUUUCAAGGUAAACACGCGUACCUCCAAAUUUUUUUAUGGCUAUCAGUCCAUCUUUCUUGUGGGAGUUGCGAGAACUAGUUCAAGAUCUUGCAAUGAUGGCUGGGAGCUGCCCGAUUCCGAUUUUCGUUUAGGUGAAUCAGGCAUAUAAUCAGGAAUCAUUGUGCAACUUGUUUCUGCGCCAUUUCUAACGACUCAAUUUAUGAAAUAAUGAUGUAAAUGUGCUAAAAUAGUGUAUUAGAUGUCAAUAUUGUACAGAUUGCCUUAUCCAGAUUAUUUCCACUUACAACGAUCUAAUAUUGCUUAGGUUGUUUUUAUCUAAUAUAUUUAAAAAUCCAAUUGACAACACACAACAAAACAUGUAUAAUCUUUUCAGAAUGAAAUUAUAACAAUUCAUUCACUGGAUUAUUUCUGGUUUUGCAAGGUACCCUUGAACAGAAUAUUUGAAAAUAAAAAUUUUAAAAUUUUAGUCAAGAAAAGAGCAGGACUCUCUGAAAUAGAAGUCUUCUAAUGUUGACAUAAAUUUUUACUUCAGAGAUGGGAGCAAAAUUUGACUAGUUAUUUGCAAGCUGUAGAUAUGUACAUCAACUCUGUGAAGAAACUGGCUGCUCGGCUGAAGAACUGCCCAAGGCUACGGAGGAUGGGGAUGGAUGGAGGAAGAGAGUCAUGGCCAUCCGUGCAACCAGCACGCCUGGAUGAUGAUGAUGAUUUGCAAGCUGUAACGUAGUAGUCUGAGCCUGCAUAACAAUGAUGAAUAAAUGACGGUUUCUCCAACAGUGCUGGUGAACAAUUCUGUGUGAAUUUCUGGAGCCGAGGUUCACAGCAAGUUAUACCCAAAGAGGUUAAGAGUUUUAUUAAGCCUCCUUGAUAUCCAAGGACAAGAUAGCAUUGCCCAAUGAGGUUAUAUCACAAACCUCCUUGCAUUGCCUUAUUUAGGUUUUUAUGUUCCUGUUUAUGGAGUUGCACAAGGUGUUGCACAUACCCGUGCAGUUAUAACACCUUUUACCAGAGGUGUUAAUUUCAGUGGGGUGAAAUAAAGUGAAUUUUCUAAUUCUAUUGUGUUCUAAUAAUGUGCAAAGUAAACACCUGAAAUUUCACCCCAUCCUUGCAUAAUUAGCACAGCAUAUAUGAUAACUGCUCAGAGUUUAACCCCUUCCGAAGAAACAUAAACGGGCUGAAAACAAUCAGAGUACCAAGUUUAACCACAUUUUCACUAACAUUAACCCAUUAUAUGCCUGUUAUUGUUAAGUCAUUUACUGGUCGGGAGAUGGUUUAGGACAUGUUGGGGAAAUGUUCGGCGCUAAAAGAUAGGCGUGCCCAGCUCACUGGUCAGACCAUAGUGAGAAGUACAUGGUCAGACUGCUGCAGACUACUGAUCAAAACUGGUCUGACUGGUCCCGACUAUGCUCCUUGUAGUCUACAACCUGAGUCGGCCAGGGGGGCGGCUGGUGUUCGGGAGCUAAAUUUUGCUACGUAUAUAUAACCAGGGGCUUUAUUGGCCGUUCGGUUCAAAAAUAGUUUGUAGGAAAGCAGGAAGGUAUAUGUAAUGGCAUCGUUGCGCCAUGUGCGCUGUAAGAACAAGUUCCAAGCGGAUCCUGGCCGUUCUCUUCCGUAUUUGCGAACAACCUUGUACGACUUUGAGAAUUCGGAACUGCGCCAGUCUACUUCCCUCGACUCCGGGGAAGUCAUCUCGGACCCGAUCGGAUUCUUGAGGGAAAAUGGUGCUGAUUUCUCUGUAUACUGUGUUGACUUCGACAGGCGUCUACUUGCGCUGGUCAAAGUACAGGAUGUAGCUAACUCAGGUGAUGAAGUCAGGAAAGCUCCAUUUUUCUUCCAGGCCCAACGUGAAAACACAGAGGAACUCCUGACGAUACCUUUCGAUCUUCUACCUUCAAUUGCAACAUCACUUGAAGAAGCUGUGUCGACAGUCCGAAAUGUAUUAUUACAUCACGUUGGUCGGUGUGGUUCCACCCUUUUGUGCAAAGCAAUGGACUCAACAGCAGAGGUACAGGCAGUGUCUGAACCCGAUGUCUAUAUCUCUGUUUAUGAGUUUCUUCAACGCCACGACUUUAACCUGACCCCUGCGGCAGAGGAUGAAGUCAUCAUGGUCCUGAAGUGCAGUACCAUCCUACUCAACUUCUACUUCAUCAAAAACGAUCCCUCAAGACAAGUCAUCUGCUACAAACCCAGAAGCUGUGCGCUGUUCUACGCCGAUCUCUUACAAAGGGCUGUUCCAAGUGCUAAGACCAUAUUCCUGUAUAGAAACCUGCCUGGAUUCUUUGACUCUUGGGCAAGUGUGCUGUUCAGUGGAAGCUACUGGCGAUAUUAUAUCUCAACAGCCUUGAAAAUCGAUGUAUUCUAUCAUAUUCCAAAGUAUAUCCGUAUGGAGCAAUCAUUGAAGUUCUUCACUGAUAACCAUCGCUUAGUGAAGUAUCCAGCUGCUAGGGGUGUACCUUUCUUUCUGGUAACAUCGUGGGUUCUGCGUAUGCAGAAAGCUUAUGACCUGAUCAACGACGACCAGGCAGGCUUCUUCCAUGCACUUGUGACGUACAAAGAGUUAGUGACGCACAAGGAACGGGCCGUUCUUAAAGUGCUGAAAGAAAUUGGCGUUGACGUUUCUCCUGAAGAAAUCGUCAAGAUCAAGAAAGCGUUUGGUAAAGAUAGUCAGGAAGGUGCAAGUAUUCAGAGUGUGAGGAGAAAGGGGGAUACGUCAAAGAAUACUUGGGUUGGAAACUGGGAAAGGAAGCUGGUCUCUUCAGUGAUAGAGUAUUUUUCUGGUGAUGUGGAUGGUCCAGAAUUUGUUCUGAAAAAAAAAACACGACGGUGAAGUCUAGUUUGUCUUAACAGCAAAUUGGUGGCAAGAUGAGAGCGAGGUAGUCUUAAGAUUACUAAGGUUUUAGGGCUGGUACAAUAUUCUAGAUUGUCGGUGCAUCAUUGUUAUGAGGAUUCUAAAGAUUUUGAUGAACUUAUAUUACUUUUUAUCGAGAUAUGUAUUGUCCACUGUUAUUCAACAACUUCAAAGCAUCAUGUAUGCAAUUGACCAAAGUUGCUGUUAGUAUAUGAUCUAUAGUUUGCAAAUUUAGUACAUCUAUUUUGAUAUUUUAUAUCAUCGGGUUUUAAGUACUACUCGGCAUGCACUUGAUCAUACUUGAUAGAACUAGAGGUGAUACUUGCUAGGUACCCAGGACUGCUGUUUUGGAAGUGAAACUAGUUGGAUUGUUGUAAAAGUGGCACCAAUAUGGAAGCCAUGAUUGUAGUUACCAGCUUUGUCAGUGAUAGCAGUCUUGUGCUACUUUUACUAUGUCUUAAAUACAGGAAUAGAGGUCUUGUUGGCUGCGUUA